UCCACCACACUCACCCCAAGCAUCAGCGUCAGCAUCAGCAGGGAGCAGACGGAAGGGUGGGGUGGACGAGGCGCAGAAGAGGCGGCAGGGCACCCUGUGGUUCUGUACACCCUGCGACCCCAAGCCCCGCCGGUGCUGUGCAGAAGGGAGGGUCUGAGGCGGUGCUGUGCUCAGCGCUCCCUGCGUCUUUGCUGCUGCUGAUCUCUGUUGCAGUGGAGGCUGCAAGGCAGGGCACCAGUCUGAGUGCCCGGGACCAGCAGGAACAGACUGUCUGUGGUGUGAGGAUCAGGGGUGAUCAGGAGAGCCUCCUCACCACCACCACCACCACCACCACCUUGCUGCUGGCAUCUCCAGCCAUAAAGGAAAGGAAAAGUUUGAGUGCAAGAAGACUUGAGACAGAGCAGGUCCACUAGACACAGCCUUGCACACACUGGUGAAGAAAACCAUGAGUGCCAAGAGUGUGGGAAAAGACUCCCUGGGAAGGGUGACCUCACCAAGUACACCCACACACUCUGGAGGAAGACCUCAUGAAUGCCGUGAGUGUGGCAAAAAGUUCAGUAAGAAGAGUGACCUCAACAGACACACCCGUACACACACUGGUGAAAGACCUCAUGAAUGCCGUGAGUGUGGCAAAAAGUUCAGUAGGAAGAGUAACCUCAAGAAACACACCCUCAAACACACUGGUGAAAGACCUCAUGAAUGCCAAGAGUGUGGUAAAAAGUUCAGUUAUAAUAGUAACCUCAACAGACACACACUCACACACACUGGUGAAAGACCUCAUGAAUGCCGUGAGUGUGGCAAAAAGUUCACUCAGAAGAGGAACCUCAAGACACACACCCUUACACACACUGGUGAAAGACCUCAUGAAUGCCAUGAGUGUGGCAAAAAGUUCACUCAGAAGAGUAACCUCAAGACACACACCCUUACACACACUGGUGAAAGACCUCAUGAAUGCCGUGAGUGUGACAAAAAGUUCAGUACAAAGAGUGACCUCAAGAAACACACCCUUACACACACUGGUGAAAGACCUCAUGAAUGCCAAGAGUGUGGCAAAAAGAUGAACAGGAAGAGUGACCUCAAGAAACACACCCUUACACACACUGGUGAAAGACCUCAUGAAUGCCAAGAGUGUGGCAAAAAGUUCAGUAGGAAAAAUUACCUCAAGACACACACCCUUACACACACUGGUGAAAGACCUCAUGAAUGCCAAGAGUGUGGCAAAAAGAUGAACAGGAAGAGUGACCUCAAGAAACACACCCUUACACACACUGGUGAAAGACCUCAUGAAUGCCGUGAGUGUGGCAAAAAGUUCAGUGAUAAGAGUUACCUCAACACACACACCCUUAUACACACUGGUGAAAGACCUCAUGAAUGCCAAGAGUGUGGCAAGAGGUUCAUUUCUAUGUCUGUGUUGAACACACACAUCUUCAGACACUCUGGCCUGAGAGAGUUCAAGUGUGAUGUUUGUAAGAAACAUUUCAAGACCAAGCAGGAUAUUGCUCAGCACAUGAAGAUCCACUUCCCCUGAGGUGUUGUGUUGUGCUGCUGUAAGUGUUAUGCACGGAACUUUCCAUAUGACUCAAGAAUCACGUGACAGUACAAUUCUGUAUAGCUUGCACUUCUCUCUGCCAGCAGUGGUCAGUUACAGGCUGGCAGCCGCGAGAUCCACACGUUUGUCACUCGUCUCGUCCGCGGCUUGUAUACACCGUUCUUGUUGUGCUUCACAGAUAAAUAUAUUGUGGACUAAAAACAUGGACCUUUUCAUAAACUCAACCAAAGUAAUAUAUGUUGUGGGGGGCAGCGUUUGGUAGCCCAUCCUGGUUCUGCCGACAGGCCUGACCAAACAGCUGUUUUCCUCGAUGCAUCUGCAUAAGGUAAGCCUGCCGCCCAUGGCAGGUUUACCUUGUGCAGACGCAUAGGGGGGAAUUACACAGCUCAGGGCUGGAUGCUGCGGAACACCUAGCCUCUGGCCUUGCCGUCACUUCUUAAUGGGGCACAGGGAACUUGGUGACCUUCAGUGCCUCAAAAACUCAAUUUCUCCAGACAUCUUUCCCCUGUUCUUCAACAACACUCAGCCGUCCCCAUCACCCCGGGACGCAGGGCCAGUGUGUCACCAGGGUUACCCCAGCGUGCCUUUCCCAGGUGUCCCCAGGUACCCAUUUAUUGACCAGCCCGAAAGGAAGGAUGAACAGCUGGGUGGACUGCACGCCGCCGACUGCCCGGGCCGGGGUUCAAACCCAGACCACGCUAACCACUGCACCACGGACACGUAAUGAUGGAACUCAUUGCUUAUAAUAUACCGAAGAGAGAGAGAGAGAGUGAGAGUAUAUUUGUCUGUGUUUCUUUCAUUUUUUUCAUGGUUCCCUUCUUUUCUUCAGUUACUCUUUUCCUAUCUUUAUCUCACACUGUUUUGUUUCAUGUGUUAUUUCUCUAAUUUGUUUAUUAAUCUCUCCAUCUUCAUCUCUUUACUUUCUCUUUGAAGCUUGCCAUCUCAUUCUUUCUUUCAUUUGAUUCUCUCUCUCUCUCUCUCUCUCUCUCUCUCUCUCUCUCUCUCUCUCUCUCUCUCUCUCUCUCUCUCUCUCUCUCUCUCUCUCUCUCUCUCUCUCUCUCUCAUCAAGAGAGGUGCAAGAAAAGUAUGAUAUUUUUAUGGAGGCUUAUAAAUCACGAGUUAUGAAAUAUGUACCAGAAUAUAAACCCAAAGAAAAAGUAAAAAAAGGACUGGUUUAAUGCAAAAUGUGCGAAGCCAAAAGAAAAAAAAAAGACAAAGCGUGGAAAAGAUUGAAAAGAAAUAAAACAAAGGAAUAAAGAAGAUUUUAAGAUAGCGAGGAAUGAAUACAUGAAAAUAAGGAGAGAAGAGAAAGGAUAUGAAAAGGAUAUUGUCGAAAAGUGCAAGGAAGAACCUAAACUGUUGUAUUGAUUCAUAAUGGAAAAAUCAACCCAAGGGAAACAAUAGAAAGAUUGAGUGAUGGGAAUAUGAUAAUCGAAGAUCCUAAAGAAAUGACUGAGCUAAUAAACAAAAUGUUCCAGCAAGUUUUUACGAAAGAAUCACAAUUCAAGAUAACAAGAUAACAAGAUAAAUGUUCAUAUGGAAGAAGUCAUAGUAACUAAAGAGGAGAUAAUAUAAAAUGAUGGAGGAGCUGGAAGAGAGGAAAGCAGUUGGACUGGAUGGAGUCUCAAGCUAUUAACUGAAAGAAUGCAGAAAUCAGCUGGUUGGACCGGUAUAUGAUAUCAUAAAAUGCUCAAUAACACUGGUGAAGUGCCAAAGGAGUGGCGGAGGGCUGAAGUGGUCCCCAUAUACAAAAGUGGAAAGAAGAAAGAACCCCUGAACUACAGACCUGUAUCAUUGACCACAAGUCAAUCAGUCAGUCACUCAGCCAGCAAGUCACUCAGUCAGUCACUCAGCCAGCAAGUCAGUCAGUCAGUCAGUCAGCCAGCCAGCAAGUCACUCAGUCAGUCAGUCAGCCAGCAAGUCAGUCAGUCAGUCAGUCAGUCAGCCAGCCAGCAAGUCACUCAGUCAGUCAGUCAGCCAGCAAGUCAGUCAGUCAGUCAGUCAGUCAGCCAGCAAGUCAGUCAGUCAGUCAGUCAGUCAGUCAGCCAGCAAGUCAGUCAGUCAGUCAGUCAGUCAGCCAGCCAGCAAGUCAGUCAGUCAGUCAGUCAGCCAGCAAGUCAGUCAGUCAGUCAGUCAGCCAGCAAGUCAGUCAGUCAGUCAGUCAGUCAGCCAGCAAGUCAGUCAGUCAGUCAAUCACUCAGCCAGCAAGUCAGUCAGUCAGUCAGUCAGCCAGCCAGCAAGUCACUCAGUCAGUCACUCAGCCAGCAAGUCAGUCAGUCAGUCAGUCAGCCAGCAAGUCACUCAGUCAGUCAGCCAGCCAGCAAGUCAGUCAGUCAGUCAGUCAGUCAGCCAGCCAGCAAGUCACUCAGUCAAUCACUCAGCCAGCAAGUCAGUCAGUCAGUCAGUCAGUCAGCAAGUCAGUCAGUCAGUCAGUCAGUCAGCAAGUCAGUCGGUCCAGCAUGAAAAAGACCGACUCCACGCGUCACUGUUUAUUUGUACAUGUGAAUAAUACAAAAAGGAAGAAAGAA